UAAUUCGAUUAAGACGACCGUUAGCAAUAGAACAAGUUUCAAAAUGGCGUCGCUAGUGUGCAUGAAAAAGUCGCUCGUGGUAGAAAGCGGCAAUUCUUUCAAAGUGUACGACCGGUAUGGUAAACACGAUGUUGUCUAUUCUCACAGUAUCGUCUGCAGGGCCAAAAAUGAGAAGGAGAAGACCGAGGGUUCAAAGACUUCGGAGGAGAAGGAUGACGAAAAAGUUAAGGGGGAGGGGGGCGGUGAGGGCCCAGGUUCUGACAAGAUCCUUGCACGUGCAUGUUCAGUACCCGAUGGGUACUUUGCAGUGGCCACAGACAAUAAGGAACUGAUUUUGUGGAAGACCACACCUACUUGGAAACAUAUUAGCACCAGGACUGUUGCUCGCCGCUGUACCGCUCUGGUCUUUACCUUCAAGGGAGAUGCCAUUCUCGCUGCCGACAAAUCCGGCGACGUCUACAGCUUCUCAGUGUCGGAUCCCGAAGCUCCCGGUACGCUACUUCUUGGCCACCUGUCGAUGCUGCUCGACAUUGCAAUCAAAGAUGACGACAGUUUCCUCAUCACGUGUGACAGAGAUGAGAAGAUUCGCAUCAGCCACUAUCCCAACACACACAGCAUCUACGGUUAUUGUCUUGGUCACACAGAGUACAUCACUGCGCUGUGUCUCUCCCCCUACCCUGACGGGGUACUCCUCUCAGGGGGUGGGGAUGGUACAGUCCGAGUAUGGGACUGGCUGAGAGGCAAAGAGCUACAUGUAGAACACCUGGCAAAGUUCUGUGGGGAACUGAAGGACAACAAACCCCCGGUGGUGUCCAAACUGGUCUGUAACUGGGUAGGGAAACUGGUAGCUGUUGUGGUGGAGGGGCUGGAUAGUGUUAUCCUGUUCAAGCUUCACACAGAAGUAGCACCACGUUUGGAUGCACAGCUGAUUGAGUCCAAUCCUCUCCCCUGUAAGGGUAAGGUGUGGGACGUCGCCUUUGACUGUAACGGUUACCUGUGGGUGGCGCAAGCUGUGAAAGAUAACACGGUACAGGUGUACAAAUACAUGCCUUCAUGUCGACCACUCAUGUGCGUGAGCUCACAGGAACAUUUUGUAGACAUCACCACAGCUAUCAACUCAGACUGGGACUUCUUCCAGAGCUCCCUUGGUGAGGAUACCAUGUACAGUGGCUUGUACAAGAAGCACUUUGACAACCUGACCCCAUACUUUGAGAGGAAGGAAGAGAGGAUGAAGGGAAAGAAGAGAAAGGAGGACAAGAAGGGUGAUGAAGAAGGGAGCAAGAAAGUCAGAAGUGAAGAAGUGGUUUAGGAACUGCAUGUUAAUUACAGCCUUGCUAGAGUAGUACUAAAAGGGACAGAAGAUAACCUUGUGAUUUUUGUUGAAAGAGAAAUAGUAUUUAUAUUGAUUGCUACAAGUUACUUAUGUUCCACAAGAUUUGUUUGCAACAAUGUUACAUAACUCACAAGGACAUAUGUUUUAAUGUUUAGUGAUAUUGUCUCGCUCUGCAUUGUAUUGAUACAUACACAAGAACACAGAUGAAAUAACAUGAAAAUUUUAUGACUUUAUUUGAGAAGUUUUCAAUUCAUAAUUACUUGUUU